UGCCAAGUAAAUCGUCAUGUCUCUAGCUCGUCAAAACUAUCACGAUGAAGUCGAAGCGGCCGUCAAUAAACAGAUUAACGUAGAACUCUACGCCUCCUAUGUCUAUCUAUCGAUGUCUGCACACUUCGAUCGUGAUGAUAUCGCACUUCGGAACAUUGCCAAAUUUUUCAAGGAGCAAUCGGAUGAGGAGCGUGGCCAUGCCACAGAGCUCAUGAGAAUUCAAGCUGUCCGUGGAGGACGUGUUGCCAUGCAGAACAUUCAGAAGCCAGAGAAAGACGAGUGGGGAACUGUCCUUGAAGCAUUUGAAGCCGCACUUGCUCUAGAGAGAGCCAAUAAUGCAUCUUUGUUGAAGCUUCAUGGAAUCGCCGAACAACGCAAUGACGCGCACUUGACAAAUUACAUUCAGGAGAAGUAUUUGGAAGAGCAGGUACAUUCGAUCAAUGAAUUUGCUCGCUACAUUGCAAAUAUCAAGAGAGCCGGCCCAGGACUCGGAGAAUAUUUGUUCGACAAAGAGGAAUUUUCUGAUUAAUAAUUUUUAUUUGAUGUAUUUAUUGUACAUAUGGAUGAAAUUGUAUAUUUACUGAAAUGAAACACAUUGAAAACUUC